UGUCCACCAAAAGUGAAUGCUUCGCUCGCGCAACAAGGUGUGAGAGCUGUAACUGGGAGGGUGUAGACAUGGGCAACUGAACGACCCAGCAUGUCGAAUUACCUCGAGCAGACUGAUGCCUUGCUCGCGUCCUUCCUGUCGGACUGGGGGUUCCUAACUACCAUCCUCGCUGUGGUGAUAGCAGGCUUACUAGCGUACCCAUUCUUGUUCGCAGAAGAACCGGACACACAUCCUUUACUGCUAGCACGUCAGUCGUCGUCAGCUCCAGUCAGGAACAAGAAUGAAAGUGCCGCUUACCGUAGCCCGGAAGUUCCGUACGGCACGAGUCUGAAGUCCGGCCUGAACGUACGGGAUGCCGGAGCGCCGCGGUGGGCAAGUGGGAAGGACGGGGACCUUCGAGACGUGUGGCGGGAGGUGCUUAGGGGAGGCAGUGUAGGGGACGAUGGCAAAGAGGUUCCAAAGGGCUUGGUUAUGACCGUGCUUGGUCGGGAAGAGCUCGUUGAGCACGACAUUACCGAUCUGAGCCGAGAGAUUGGCAUUAUUGGGCGACAUCUCAAACAAGCCGGUGUCAAGAGUGUUGCGAUCUACCUACCGAACGGGCCUGAGUACCUCCUGACGAUCUUCUCAUGCGCAUUCUAUGGAUUGACGUCCGUUUUGCUGCCGUACAACCAACCGCAUCCGAAGGUCUUCGAGCUAAUCAAUUCAGCGGGUGCUGAUGCGCUGAUUUGUGCAGCGGGCAAUUUGCCGCUCGACGGUGUUGCAAAAGAAUGCAGGCGCCUGAAGUUGUUGACUUGGGUAGUUGAAAAGACCAGCAGGCAUAUGGACUGGAACGGUGUGCCAGGGGCUGCUGAGGGUCGCCUAAAAGUGAGUGUGUGGCAUGAUUUGGUCGACAACCAGAAAGCCAAUGCGAGCGCCGAUCUUCCAAGCAACGAUCACGGCGAUAAGCCUGGAGACGUAGUCGCUGUUUGGCAACCCACCAAUCCGGCAGCCAAGCCCGAGAUCGUAACCUUUACGCAACGUAAUAUCGUCGCCGCUACCGCAGCACUCAUUACCGCAUUACCACUUAGGCAGCGCUUCACGUCUGCCGACCUCGUGGUCCCAGCGGACAGCUUUACACACACCUACGUGCUGUGCCAGACAUUCGCAGCGUUGUACACCCAUGCUUCGCUAGCCAUUACCUCUGUAGCCAGCUCUGGCGUUGAACUAUCCACUGCGAGUCGGUUAGUCAGCCCGACUGUCAUCAUUGCAUCGGCAGAAACGCUGGCCGGUCUUCAUACCAAGGAGACACAAGGUGUCACGACACUAGCGCAGAAGGUGGGCAAGUACUCUCACUCGCAAGCGAUGGAGGCAGGUCGCAUGCCUACCGACAACUUGCUCUUCCAGCUUUUAGCGCCUCCAUCAAGCUCAGCCGGCAAUACGCCAGGGAAGCUGCGCUUAAUCCUGACCUCAGAACGUCUUGGUGCCGGUAGCCCUGUGCUUACGUCAACGAUGGUCUCAGACCUAAGGAUUCUGACUAGAUCACGAAUAUGCUACGCUCUGACGGCUGCGCAGGUUGCUGGCGCCAUUGCACAAACCAAUGUCUUCGACUAUCGAAGGGUAGAUGGGUCUGCAAAUAGCCAUUUCGGCGUCCCGUUAAGUAGUGUGGAGAUCAGGCUAGCUUCGAAAGCUGAUGGAGAAGUUGCGGGACCGGAGCCGAAAGGUGAGAUGAUUGUGUCAGGUCCUGCAGUCAGUGGAGGCCAAGUUAGACUUGGAGUGCGAGGCAUGAUCAGGGAAGACGGCACGGUUGCGUAUGCGUAGACCGAAAUCCUGCGCCCGCUUGCGCGUGGGCCUUCGCGCAUCUUUGAAGCAGAUAAGCAGCGUGGACACAACCAUAUGAGUGUCUCAAUACAAUGUCUCUGCGAACCAUUGAGAAAGGCACUGUUGCUGUUAAAGUAGCCGAGCGUUGAUUGGCCGGCUCCGACGCCACAUCAAACAACGCGCCUUUCGUGCUUUCGCG